UCGUGGGGGGCGCUGGCGCUUGGUGCCGCGCUGGGCGUCGCCGGACUGGGCUACGCUGCCACGAUGCACAGCUCUCUAGCUGCCCAGCAAGAAAUUAUUACUCGGAUGCAGCAGCAAAUGGAGGCGAUGCACGCUGCGGUGAUGGCGCAGAGCGCGAAGACGCCGCGCGGUGAGACGGAAUUCCACAGGGACUGCAAGUUCCCGUCCAAGUUCGCGGUCGACUUUGUCACCCCGCUUAAGACGCAGGACGAACGCGGCACGUGCUGGGACUUCGCCACGGUCGCGGUGCUGGAGAACAGCUACCGCCAGCAAGGAAUCGCGCGCGGGUGGCUGCAGCCAGACGAGUUCUUGGCGCUGUCGGAGCAAGCGUACGGCGCGGAGGUGAUACGCCUGUGUGCGGGUCCGCCCGGAUCGCCGCAGCAAGUGGCGUGCUUGAUCCCGGGCAAUGAGAUCUGGAAGAACUCGACCGACGGUGGAGACGUCUCGGAGCUCAUGUACCUUAUGAAUGGGCUCAAGGACAGCAUCUUCCCGGACUCGAUCUGUCCCUACAUCCCAGACCCAGGCAACGACUCGGUGUGCCCUGGAUUGACCAUAGAGUCGAGGAAAACGAACCCGUUGAGCCUCACCAUCAAGAAGAUGGACACAUACUACGACGCUGUCUCCGUCAAGCACGCGCUCGCCAAAGAGAAGCGAGCAAUGGCAAUCUCCACCGCCAUGCCGUACAUUACCCACUACUACCCCUGCAUUGGCCAGCUUGCAGGCGAAGAGCGAUGCAACCCGGCGUCAACGGAAUGCACGCUUUGUCCUCCUGAGCUGGCCAUGACCACGUGCUGCGUCCCCAUCAACGGUGGGGAGAACUACAACAUGAACAGCGAGUUCAUCACUAGCCACGUGAUGACGCCUGAAGGUGGCCACGCAAUGACGCUCGUGGGCUACAACGACCUGUUCCGCACCAAGCAGGGCUUCACUGGCGGCUUCAUCCUCAAGAACUCGUGGUUCGACGGCAUUCACCCCGCGCUCGGCCCCACGCACGCGCGAGGCAGCCACAGUCUCAAGUACUGGCUGCAGGAGAUCACCGAGUGGGAGGAGGCCAGCAUGUGCCCCAACAGCUACGACCCCGAGAACUGGUACCAGUGCGGCAACACGGCCGAGGUGAUCGACGCGAGGCGCCACGGCAAUGGCGACCCCGGCAUGAACAUCCCGUUGCCCAUUCGGCGAUCCAGCACCAUCGGAGGCGGCGUGGAGUCGUGUCUGUCGGAGGAGACGCAGCUCUACGCGAGAGUGAACCUGCAGCCGCUGCACUUGCGCUGCACGGACCCGAGCUUCUGCGUCGUGAGCGACGACUACACGUACUUCGUGCGCAACACGACGCAGUGGGGGGACCGCAUGCUGCGUAUGUGUCUGUUCGAGUACGACGCCAUGACGCGCAACUCGACGGAGCUGUGUCUGCCGCCGAUGCUGGCGCAGAAGAUCGCGUACGUGCUGUCGCCCGUGCCGGAGGAGGUGCGCGAGAACGACCCGGACGUGUGCGGCUUCUACUUCUACCCGUACGAGGUGCAGCAGCGCUACAAGACGCAGUUCGGCAACUUCUACGUCAACGACUUCGACAUCGAGUGGCACGCGCAGUCGUUCGCGGCCAACAAGGCGCAGUUCCCCGGCCUGGACUACAGCGACGUGGAGAAGUCGACACGCAAGCAGAACCAGUACGAGUUCGUGGGGCCCUUCCCGUUCGCGCGCAUCGUCGACAAGAAGGACCUGCCGACCGUGAACGAGGUG